GAGAGUGAGUGAGAGAGAGAGAGAGAGAGAACGCAGCACACUGUAGCUCGAGACACAUCAUCAUUACAAAAGGCGCACGCACAAGAAACAGCCCCUUUGCGUUUGUACACCUGUAUUGCGAUCUCCAUUUAUAAUAACCUGCGCGAGGGAAUAUAUCUUAGGAUCUCUGCGUACGCAGCUCAAACAAAGGCUUUACUGUUCAAGCGUGAUACCCUCUUCUUCCUCGGCAGGCAUAUGUAUUUGGCAUCGCCGUUUCUUCCAGUAAGCACCAAUGCAUGCAUGCACCCGCCUCCCUGCGCUCUCAAAUAGAUGGUGCAAGUAAAGAUGUCCAAAUCUUCCGCAGACCCUCUGUCUGGUGUAGAAAGCGCUUCUCAGUCGCACUAUUUUCAGCUACCACGAAAGUUACCGAAGCGCAAAGGUCGUUUUAAACGCUCAGAUGGCAGCACCUCCUCUGACACCACCUCCAGCUUCAUCAAACGACAGGGUUCAGCCGAUUCAUACACGAGCAGACCUUCGGAUUCCGACCUGUCAGCGGAGGAGGACCGCGAGGCGUAUCGGCGUGAAGCCGAACGCCAGGCCCAGCUGCAGCUCGAGAGAGCCAAGUCCAAACCUGUAGCGUUCGCAGUGAAGACGAAUGUGAAUUAUUGCGGGGCUCUAGAUGAGGACUGUCCUGUUCAGGGUGCUGCCAUAAACUUUGAAGCCAAAGACUUUCUGCACAUUAAAGAGAAGUACAAUAAUGACUGGUGGAUUGGAAGGCUGGUGAAAGAGGGGGCAGACAUCAGCUUCAUUCCCAGCCCCCUCCGACUGGAGGCCAUGAGACUGAAACAGGAGCAGAAACAACAGAGGAAAAGCGGUAACUCCUCCUCAGGCCUGGGCGACAUGGUAUCAGGAGGUUGGAGAUCCACGCCGCCAUCUGCAGGUGAGACCAAACAGAAGCUAAAGCAGACUGAACACAUUCCUCCAUAUGAUGUGGUGCCGUCCAUGAGGCCUGUGGUUCUGGUUGGACCUUCACUGAAGGGCUACGAGGUGACAGAUAUGAUGCAGAAAGCCCUGUUUGACUUUCUCAAACAUCGCUUUGAUGGACGGAUUUCUAUAACCAGAGUGACCGCUGACCUUUCUUUGGCUAAGAGAUCGGUUCUCAACAAGAGACCCAUCAUGGAGAGGUCUAACACACGAACCAGUUUGGCGGAGGUACAGAGUGAGAUCGAGAGAAUAUUUGAGCUGGCCAAAACCCUUCAGCUGGUGGUUCUAGAUGCGGACACCAUUAACCAUCCAGCACAGCUAGCUAAAACCUCGUUAGCUCCUAUUAUUGUGUACGUCAAAGUCACCUCUCCAAAGGUCCUACAGAGAUUGAUAAAGUCGAGGGGUAAAUCACAGAGCAAACACCUCAAUGUUCAGAUGAUGGCAGCAGAUAAACUGACUCAAUGUCCUCCUGAGAUGUUUGAUGUCAUUUUGGAUGAGAACCAGCUGGAGGAUGCCUGUGAGCACCUCGCUGAAUAUCUGGAGGUCUACUGGCGUGCCACUCAUCUGCCCGGCACCACCCCUCUCAACCAAUUGGAGCAAAAUCUGAUGACCCCACCCUCAGCAAUCUCCAGUCUACAGAACCAGCAGCUGUCGCCUGCCGGGGGUGGAGGGGGAGUGGAGGAGGAGGAGCAGGGGGAGCAGGACAGCCUCAUGCCUUCCGACGAGGCCAGUGACUCUCGCUCCCUCCGCCAAGGCGGCUCUAGCUCCCUGCACCCCCCGGAGGAUGAGGAAGAGAAGGAGGAGGAAGAUGAGGAGGAGGAGGAGGAAGAUGAUUACGAACCCCACCUCCACCCUCACCCGUACCGGGACGUGUACCCGCCCAACCGUAACCACCCUGGUGGCAUCCACAGCGCUAACGGACUCGAGUCACAGGACCGACUCUUGCAGCAGCGAGACUCGCAGGACGGACACAACCAACGAAACAACCGCCAGCGCACGAGAGCCUGGCCAAGAGACAACUACUGAGCGCCUGUCUGGAGGAGAGGGUUGGGUCAUGAAUUGGGGUGAGGGGUGAUGGGAAUUGGUGAGGAACUGGAAAGGCACAGUGUGUGUGUGUGUGUUUGAGCGUGUUUGUGGAUAAAGUUGCCCAUGGUUGACGAAAAGAUCCUGUUUGUUUUCGAAGCUCAUGUGGUCGUUAUUGUUUGAGGCAUUGCACUACAUUUGCUUUUAAAAGACAGGGCAGCUUUUCUCCUUUAAGAUCACAUGCAUGUUCAUAUCGAAACAAUAUUUGAGCUUCCUCUGGAAACCCUAACCCCACAUGAGUCAAAAAUUACUUUAUUAUUUUGCGUAUCAUACGCUCUCCCUGAACCUAAUGAGCACAGAAGGCAUUAUGGGAAAAGAAAAAGCACUUUUAUAGCAUGGGAUGUGAGUCACAAUGAAAGAUAUUGUAGCAUUUUGUUGCAUCUUACUUUAAUGGCUUCUUUUUUGCUAGAGCUCUUGUAAAUGUGAAUAUUACUCACUUUUUUUGGUUCAAGCCCUCAGUCAUGGUGUUGCCUGGUUGGAGCCCAUAUGCACUUGUCUUAUUAUGAGUUGUUUAUUGGUUCUCUGGACAUCAUUCAGGCAACUCACGUCAUUUUCACGGUCACGUUCACAGAUGUAGCACACAUUGCCAUUUGCAAAGCACCAUGUAAAUGCGGUAUAUGUAGGAAAGUGUUUGCACAUGAGGUGAAUUCCAACUCCAGAAUGGAGAGCAGCAGUCGAUCUUCCUGCAUUUCUGUACUGCCUCAUAAAGAAAGAACCUAAUUAGGUCAGUGUCACUGAAAGUUUCUCUUUCUGGGAAAUGAGAAGGACUGAAAACUGAAGUUAUGUUAUGUUUUCAUAUAGUAGAUCAGUGCCCAUAUAUUGGAUUUUUAUAGAAGUAGAUGAAGCUCAUCAGUUUUGAUGUCCAUUUUGUGAUAGUCAUGUUGUUCCUCUGUGACCUAAACGAGUAGAAAGUUGGGCUAGGUUCAUAUAUUUUACACAUUUGCAAGUAAUUUAUUGGUUGAUCUUAUCAGAUACAGCAUAAGGAGAAAGCCCACUAAUAGAAAAAUGAAUGAUGAGAAAUCAUAACACUCAAAAUGGCGUCUGUAGGACAGGAAGUCCCGCCUUUCAAAAGAGCCAAUCGCCUUAAGGCAUCCUGGUCUGUUUUUGAACUUGCUUGCAUAUUAGCUAGACUAAUCUGAUUUAUAAAGCUAAAGAAGCUACAUUUAGAUUUUUGUAUCAUUGUUUCUGGGUGAUUUUAACAUUUUUGAAAGGUUGGCAAACAGUUUUGGCAAUCUCCAUAUUAAAGUAGAGAGGAGUUGUACUUGCAUGACUGGAAACUAGCAUUACCAAAAUGGCCACUAAAUAAACUGCCUCAGGAGGAAUUUGUCUUUAACAAGAAGAAUGUGGCUCUAACAAGUGAGUGAUCUUCCUCCGUCCUCUGUUUCUCACACUCUUUCCUCUCCGAGGCUUUGGGCAUCUAAGGGGGUGGUUACCGUGGCCUACUUUAAAACAUAGCGUCACAUCUUGCUUUGGCGACACGUUGACUGCUAGCUAGUUUAAUGACCUUAUUGGUGAUUACAUAAGCAUAUAUCAGCCAGGUUGUGCUACGACUAAAUCCUAGAAAGUUUGUCCCUUUUCUCAUUACCUUGACUCUAGACUCGGAUGUUACCUAUAGCAGCUUAGGCUAAGGUUUAUCCAGUGUAGGACCAUUCAAACUGGCCUUAAUACUUACCUGUAUAUCUUUACCACUGCAUGUCUCAAAUACAAUUAUUUAGGACUAUUUGCACAUUAGG